AUGUCCACAAGUGGCCUGUCCAGAAUCGUCACUCUCGAUAGCGUUCGCUCCCUAGCGUCUCCUGCAAACCCGUCUAAAGCCGUGUGGAAGGACCUAGGUGUAUACUUGGAUAAGAAGCUUGACUGGCAUUUGGACCACAACAACUCGAAGGCGUCCCUGAACACCGUUCUUUACAACUCACUUUCCGAAUCCUCCUACCUUUCUCAGGUUUCAAAGUACCAAAUCUGCAAAAGCUGUGGCCGGCCCAUAGGCGAGGAAUCUUUGACUACACACUACGAGCGUUGCUUGGAGAUGAAACAGAAGAAAGCUGAAACAGAAAACGGCGCUGCUUCGCUGGCGGCCACCAACAAGAGAAAGAGGGGAAGAGCCGCUUUGAACGAUGCCUCCUCGGUCGACCUGUCUCGAAUGGCGCUGCCUGCUCCAGCGACUCCAGCUGGAUCCCAGGCUCUGCAACUGAAGGACCAGCCGAGACCCAAAAAGAAGUACAAAAAGUCUCAGAUGCAGAAGGAGAAGGAGGCUGCCAAUGCUGCCGCUGCCGCGGCUGCUGCUGCUGAAGCUGCUGCUCAAAGAGCCAAUAAUCAGCAGAAGAAGAAGAAACAGCAAAAAACCAAGGCUCCCACCAAGGCCAAGGGCCCUGUUGAUGUUGAGAAACAGUGUGGUGUGCCUUUACCCAUGGGCGGUUUCUGUGCCCGUUCGUUGACAUGUAAGACCCAUUCAAUGGGUGCAAAAAGAGCUGUUCCUGGACGUUCAGCUCCGUACGACGUCUUGCUACAGCAAUACCAGAAGCGUAACCAGGCCAGAAUGGCCCAAAACAAUGCCUUGGCUGCUCAGAGGAGGGAGAAUGCUCAACUCUCUGGAAUGGCCGGUGUGGAAGGUGGAGAAGGCGGUGCUGGUAGUCUCCCUGUGGUGCUUGAUCCUGAUGAGGAGACUCAUUUGGUUUUGGAGGGUGUGUCAAAGAGUGCCCCUGUGCCGUUGGAGCGCAAGGUUAUGAUCCCACUAGAAACAGGCACCGCAUACGCCAACGCUUUAAUCACCAACGGCGCUUCUGCUGCAGAUUCGCUGUCUUCGCUGGGUGACCUCACUUUGGCCAACCAGGCGAUUUCAGGUUCCAUUGGCGGUCUUCAAGGCAGAUGUGCUCUUGUCAAUGUUGAUGCACCUCCAGCUUCAGAAGGCCAGGCAUCUACUCAAACCAGCGCUGCUAUUCCAGGCGAACUCUACCACGUGAGAACAGCACUGAAGGCCAUUGCUACAACUGCCCAGUACAACUACCAGCAACAAAAGCAAUUCCAGCAACGUGUGUUUGAGCUUCAACAGCAGCAGCUCAAGCAAAGACAAAUGAUGCAGCAGCAGCAGCAACAACAGAGACUGCAGUCACAGCAGGGCUCUCAGCAGCGUCAAGUUCCAGCACAGUCUCUGUGA